ACCGACGAGUCCCACCGGGCCGGCGCAGGCCCGGGCCCGCGAGCCCCUCCCUCCACCUGUCCCCGCCCGGGCGCCCGGCGCGGGCUGUGCUCGCUCGCAGCGGCGGGGCCCGCAGGCGGCCAUGGCGGCGGGCGCCGGGGUCAGGCCGGCGCCGCGCUGGCUGAAGGCGCUGGCCGAGCCGCUGAACAAGGCGCAGCUGCGGCGGCUGGAGGAACACCGCUACAGCGCCGCGGGCGUCUCGUUGCUUGAGCCGCCGCUGCAGCUCUACUGGACCUGGCUGCUCCAGUGGAUCCCGCUGUGGAUGGCCCCCAACUCCAUCACCCUCCUGGGCCUCGCCAUCAACCUGCUCACCACGCUCCUGCUCAUCUCUUACUGCCCCACGGUCACCGAGGAGGCACCGUACUGGACAUACCUUUUAUGUGCAUUAGGACUCUUCAUCUACCAGUCACUGGAUGCUAUUGAUGGGAAACAAGCCAGAAGAACAAAUUCUUGUUCUCCUUUAGGGGAACUUUUUGACCAUGGUUGUGACUCUCUUUCCACAGUUUUUAUGGCAGUUGGAGCUUCAAUUGCUGUUCGCUUAGGAACUCAUCCUGACUGGUUGUUUUUCUGCUCUUUUAUUGGGAUGUUCAUGUUUUAUUGUGCUCACUGGCAGACUUAUGUUUCAGGCGUGUUGAGGUUUGGAAAAGUGGAUGUAACUGAAAUCCAGGUAGCUUUAGUGAUCAUCUUUGUGUUGUCUACAUUUGGAGGAGCAACAGUGUGGGACUAUACGAUACCCGUCCUAGAAAUAAAAUUGAAGAUCUUACCAGUUCUCGGAGUAGUAGGUGGAGCAAUAUUUUCCUGUUCAAAUUAUUUCCAUGUUAUCCUCCAUGGUGGUGUUGGCAAGAAUGGAUCCACUAUAGCAGGUACCAGUGUCUUGUCACCUGGACUCCACAUAGGAAAAGUUAUUAUACUGGCAAUAAUGAUCUACAAAAAGUCAGCAACUAAUCUGUUUGAAAAACAUCCUUGUCUUUAUACCCUAAUGUUUGGAUGUGUCUUUGCUAAAAUCUCACAGAAAUUGGUGAUAGCUCACAUGACCAAAAGUGAACUGUAUCUUCAAGACACUGUCUUUCUUGGCCCAGGUCUUUUAUUUUUAGACCAGUACUUUAAUAAUUUUGUAGACGAAUAUGUUGUUCUAUGGAUAGCAAUGGUCAUUUCUUCAUUUGAUAUGAUGAGGUACUUUAGUGCUUUGUGCCUGCAAAUUUCAAGACACCUUCAUCUAAGUAUCUUCAAGACUUCAUGUCAUCAAGCACCUGAACAGAUUUCCCGGUAUGUUUUCUUCCAGAGGGCACCAUGUCUCGAUGUUUUCUGAUUUAAAAAAAAAAAAAAGAUCAAACCUGCUGAAUCCAAAGACACCAUUUAAAUAAACUGGCAAAUUUCAAAAUGAGCGAUAUCAAAUAAAGAUGAUUUUAGUUGAAUACCACUUGAGGAGUCUCUUCAUCUAUUCUGUUGGACCAAAAGUUAACAGGAGAAGAUAAUGACUGCGCCGCCCCUGACGCCGGCGGUGCUGUGAUGGAGAGUUCGCCUCUGAGGACGGGGAGGGCGGCGGAAUCCUAGCCCGGCCAGGUUCUGGCUAAAUCGGGGCAAAUCUAGAUCCUGCUGAUUUCAGUCACAAUGUGCACAUCGUAAUUACUGACAGGAUCGAUCAGAGCCCGCCCCAAAGAAGUUGCCAGCAACAGAAAUACAACAUAAAACGUUCUGCGCCCUGGGCCACAGAAAAUGACGUCAAGAUUUCCACGACCCCAGGCCUCGAGGACCAGUGAAGGGGAGCCCUGGCUUCAUCUAAAUGGUUUCUGCGGGGCGUGGGCGCGCUGACGAGGGCCCACCCUCCUCGCCUGCUGUCAACCUGUCCAUCCGCCCGGCGUCGCGUCCAGUCCCGAGGCAGCCCAGCCGGCGCCUUUCCGCCCACUCACGGCCCUGCCCGCAGGGAGCGGUACUGCCUGCAAAUUCCUGUCAGAGGCCCCAGGGAGAGCCAGCGGCUAAGAUUUACCUCACAGGUCAAGAAUAACCCCUGGCUCAGAUUCCCGCGCGGGACAAACGCUCCCCUCCUCACACCUGAAAAACACCCCAAUGGUCGACGACCACAGUUAUGUGUCUCCGUACAGGCGUCCCCGCCGCUCCCGCCUCACCUGCCCCAACGCCUCAGACUUGACCUCUUCACAGCCUCGACACUCCUCCGAAGCAAGUCAGAAUUAGCGCGGCAGAAAAGCCGACCUCGCCUCGCCCGGGAGCGUCUCUGAUUGGCUGGCAGGAGGGCGCAUGCGUGCAGCGGCCCCGGGGCUCCGCUCCCUCGGACGGCAUGCCCAGCGAGAGCGCUGACCCAGAGCACCUUGCGGGCGGCGAUCUAUGGCUAGUACACCUGAAGCGAGGCACUUUCCAGUUUCUUUUUGUAACUUAAGUUUAAAAUUUUCACAAUAUUUUAAUAAUAAAGUUGCAACAGAAUAUAAAGAAC